AUGGCACUCUUAUUAAUCCUCUAUGGCCUGAUCAUUCUCGCCCUGGUGGGCACUGCAAUCUACGAACACGUCACCAUAUCCACCCUCUCCCUCCCCGUACCCCCGGCGCUCACCAUCCUCACCAUCCUCUUACCGCUCCUCUCUCCGCUCACAACCCUCCUGGCUCCCAGGCUCUUCAACCAACCCCGCCACACCCGCAAGCGCCUGGCCAUUCCCCAGGACGACAACCACCACAACAACAACAACCACCCCCAACCCCCAAACAACCGCACCCGCAAAGGAACAACCACCCUCCUCCCCCCCCUAACGCACCUCGCCCAACUCCUCCUCACCACCAUCCUCACCACCCUCUACACCUCCACCCUCGCCACCCCGACAACCACCGACUGCCUGCUCACCCACCGCUGGACCACCUUCUGGAAGUCCCACGACGCGCCCGCCAUACGCGCCAUCCAGGACGCGCUCUCCUGCUGCGGCUUCCGCUCCACCAAGGACAUGGCCUGGCCGUUCCCGCACGGCAGCGGGAAGGGAGCCGGUGCGGGGGCGUGUGAGGCGCAGUUUGGGAGGCACGAGCCCUGUCUUCCUGGGUGGGAGGGGGCGUUGAGGAGGGCGGUUGGCGGGGAGUUGGGGGUGGUGCUUGCUGUGGGGGCGUUGCAGGUUUUGGGGGUGGUUUUGGCGAGGAGGGGUGGGUUUGGGGUCAGGAUGGGGGGUGGGGGUGGGGGUGGUGAGGGGAUGGGGUGGAUGGCGGGGUUGGAGAGGCUGAUUGCGGGUGGUGGUGGUGGUGGUAGGGAGGGUGGUGUGGAGGCGGGGAGUAGGAGGCCGUUGUUGGCUGGGCCGGAGCAGGAAGGGGAGGCGACUGGGAAUGGGGGAAGGGUGGUUGAGUCGGCGUAUCGGGACAUUUCAGAUGAGGAGACAGAGGGAGGGGAUGGGGAAGGGGAAGGGGGAGCUAGGCCGCGGAUAGAAGAGCGCGGUCACGGUGCGUCUAGUGAAGGCCCAAGGGUCGAGCCGGCGCAUCAUGACCCCUGGGCUGGCGUUCAGCGGGCUUGAAGGGCAGGAGAAGUGGCAAGAGGUGAUGUGGUGACAGUGUUGUCUGGUGCAUUCGGAGGGGAUGGAUAUGGUGAUCGCUGCAUCUGUCCGUUUUGAAGGGCUCGGAUGUGAGAGGGUGAUGGAAAUGAAAUACGGGGAUAAAGAAUGCAAUAAUAUCAUCGGGGUUUGUUGAGGAUCGGUUGCAUUCGUUACUCGUUGUAACCGACCCAUAGUCAUGAUAUCUUGGUUUCAGGCUGCAUAGCAAAGAGCUUGGUUCAAAGAGACAAUCUGGGUAUCCUAAUUCCAUUCAACUUUUAACCAAU